UCAUUUAUGGGGGUGCAGGGAGAAUGUAUAAAUGUCCAUCACCGCUGAGGUUCUGCCAUACUGGAGCGGCUGACGUGACUCCAAGGACACAGCUCACAGGAAUUUGGUUCUGGGUCCCAAAAUACUGAGUGCGCCGGGGACAAUUACUGGGGCACUCUAGCCAAAACCCUUGAAGAGGCCCCGGGCAGGAGGCAGCCAGGAAUCCGUUGCUGCUGAGCAGGGCUGGGCCUCCCAGCAUGUGUACGGGGAGCUGUGCCAAGUGCCUGGGGAUCACCCUCAUCCCCCUGGCCGUGUUUGGCUUGCUGGCUAACAUCCUGCUGUUUUUCCCGGGAGGGAGAGUGGCGGACAACAACGACCACAUUACCAGGGAGGUCUGGUUUUUCGGAGGAAUAUGUGGAAACGGGAUCUUGAUGAUCUUCCCUGCGCUGGUGUUCUUGGGCUUGAAGAACAAUGACUGCUGCGGGUGCUGCGGCAACCAGAGCUGUGGGAAGCGGUUCGCGAUGUUCACCUCGACAAUUUUUGCUGCGAUUGGAUUCGUGGGUGCCGGCUACUCGUUUGUCAUUUCUGCCGUCGCAAUCAACAAGGGCCCUAAGUGCCUCAUGUCCGGGAAUGGCACCUGGGGCUACCCCUUCCAAAACGGGGACUACCUCGGCGACCACUCCCUGUGGAACAAGUGCCAGGAGCCGAUCGACGUGAUCCCCUGGAACCUGACCCUCUUCUCCAUCCUGCUCAUCAUCGGGGGGGUCCAGAUGUGUCUCUGUGCCAUCCAGGCCAUCAAUGGCCUCCUGGGGACCCUGUGUGGUGACUGCCAGUGUUGUGGCUGCUGUGGGGGAGACGGACCAGUCUAGAGCUUGCUGGAGAGCUGUCCUACCUCCACGUGCGAAGACGCGUUCAACCCGCGCCCGUCUGCUUCCCCGCUCACACCACUCGCGAGGGCGGAGGAGCCCCUUCCCCUCCCCCUUCCCAAGCAGUUGGUUAUUUUCCAAUAGAAGAGGUUAGCCGCCUAACAAAUUACACUGAUCAAUCUCUCCACUUGGCUUCUCGCUAGACCUUAAGAACAGGUUCAAGGCAGAUUUGUCAUGACUUUUUUCCUGAAAAGUGUAAAAUUUAUAAAGUUGGUGCCUUGUCACACUGCUGCUUUGUAUAUAGAGAUGUUUAUAUCUUUGAGGCUUGAGGUAAAUCAAAGGAGGAAAACACAAUAGAAAUGAGAAACUGAGACCAAUUCUUGCUCUUAAGAUCUAUGGGAAAAAAGGAUGAUUGAUGUAUCGUAAGUAACCUCUAGCUGCUGGCGUUGUUGCUGGCUUGCUUGUUACUUAUGGCUGGUCUCCUGAGCCUGUCAGCGUCUGCUAGGUUCCCUUAUGUACAGUAAAUUAAAACCCGAAUUCAGAGGCAA